AUGUCCCCGGGCGCUCCGACCCCAGUUCCACCUGCAAUGGACGAUGAGCGUACUGAACUCCUCGGCUCUCUGACCACGCAACAACAACAGCGCACCAGCGCCAGAGUUAUCAAGAAGCUUCGACUGGAACCACCAGCCGACAAGCGAGAAACACCGGAAUGUGAAACACCAAACAAAGACCUCGAUAAGGAAAUUCCAACAUUCCCGACGGUCAAACAGCGUAUGCCUAAAGCGCUUUGGUCUGCUGAUGAAAAAAGUCUGUUCUUCGAAGCUCUGAACGAGUAUGGCAAGGACUUCGACGCAAUCACCGCAUACAUCUGCGCCAAGAUGAAGAAGAAGGGCAUGCCGGAUGCGAAUCUGAAGACUAAAACCCAAGUCAGCCAUUUCUAUUACAGAACUUGGCAUAAACUGUCGAAGCAUGUACACUUUGAUGAGAACGUAAAGAAAGUGGCGCAAGAGCUUUACGCGUUGAUAAACUACGGCGAGCUGCGGCGCAAGUUGACGUCAGUGAACGAGAAGACGUGCGCGCGGCUCGGCGAGAUGGUGCGCGGCGGCAGCAUGGCGGUGCGCGCGCGCGGACGGACGCUGCGCGUGCGCACGCCCAUGUGCCGCGCGCUGCGCCGCCUCAACCACAUCGCAGAGCGUGCGUGCGGCGCGCGCGUGUGCUCGCGGCUGGUGGUGGCGCUGCGCGCGCGUCGCGCGGAAUGUUGGGCGCGCGUGCAGGCGGCCGCGCACAACCCGCGCGCCGCCGCUGCGUGCCGCCGCGCGCGCCUGCGCGCGCUGCUGCAUGCUCUCUGCCGCCGCUGGCGCAUAGCCGACUAUAGUGAAGAUGGUGCAACGGAAAACGGCUUAGUUUCAAAAUUGCCAGAAGAUUUAAAAGAAGAAGAAGAUCAGGAAUUAUUGCGGAUUGGAGAAGAAAAAGAGGAAGACUUAGAGAGUCAUCUGAAUCUGGAGACUGACAGAAUAAUUGUUCAAGAACAACUCCGACUAAAGAAACUUACCCUUCAUUUGGGCCCGCGCCCGGGUGCCGAAAUUCACCUUCCAGUUGUAAGUCCCAGCGAGGCUCUGUCCAGCCAGAAGAUUUGUUUCUCUUCCUACUUGGAAAGGAUGGGGUCGUUGCCACGAGACAAAGAUGGCAAUACAAAAAUAAGAACCCCAAAACGUCAAAGGAAGGAUAGCGUUUCAGAGAAAGAUAUAGAAAGUAAAAAAAUCAAAAUCGAAGACACUGAACCACAGAAAGUAGUACAUAUAGACGAAACAGCGAUAGAUGGAAUCGAGCUAAUGGCGAGCUACAAACAUCUACAGGAAGAUGAAGAAAAGCCAAGUACAGAAGAUGAGAAAGAGAUAAAGGCCGAGGAGACUGCCGAAGAAGAUAUAGAAAGGGAACCAGAAAGAGAUAAAGAUAUUAUGUCAGAAAAGGAAAAGGAUAGUUUUUCUGAACUGGAAGAUGACGAAAAAUUUAACAAAAGCGAUACAGAUAAUGAAAGUGACGGUAAAGUGGAUAAAAACGGAAAGGGGAGGAAGUUUAAAAACCUGAAGGUGAAAUUUCGCAUAAGGCCUAAAAAGCGCGGUGGAAGUUUGUACACUCUUGUAUUGGGAAAGGAAAAUGAAGAGAUCAAAAGCGAACAGGAACCUCCAAAGAUAGAAGAAGAACAGAAAUCUGAUAUUGAUAUCGAAACAGCCAUCAAGCAGGUCAGAAAAGGUUGGAGCAUUUACGAUGCAGGGGACCUGACUAUUGGCGACCUAUAUCUUAUGUUUGGCUCUCGAUCAAAACUAGAGUUAGAUUACUGGUGGGCGGAACCCACUCCACCAUUACCACAACCCUUGCAUAAAGCACAGAGAAAUACUGACACAGAAAAAGUACCUUCCACUAUAGACAAUGAUAAAAAUACGGAGAAAAAAGAAAAACUUGACAAGACUCUUGAUAAAGGGAUUGAAGUUACUACUGAAGAUGAGAAAGAAAAAGCGAGAGAAAGUGACACAGAUAUUUUUUCGCCUAAGAAUACAUUCAGUCAAGAUAGUAAUGAUGGAAUAUCUGGCGACGAGAGAAAAAACGAGCAACAGGCGUCUCCAGAGCACAAGCCAGCAGCCCUAGGCUGUGGGACCCUGAAGCUGGUGUCCAAGCUCAUCAAUCGGCCCACGGCACUACCACCUGAAAGUGGCUUCAACCAGCUCAGUGACAGAUUGAAGCGGCUCCUGGCGUUAGCGGGCAACCCGCUGGCGAGUGCGAGCGCCCCGCGCUGCGCCUGCGGGCACGUGUGCGCGCACCAACGGAAACAGGCGGGGCGUAGCGUGAGCCUGGAGGGGCUGCCGCGCGGGAGGCGCGGGAGGCCACGUCUGGCGGCGCGCCGCGUCGUUGUGCAGCGCCUGCUGCCGCUGCUGCCCAAGCUGCCGCCGCCCAGCAAUCUGAUCCCAGUGAAGAUCGUUCCCAACUCACCACCAGCGCCACCAAAAAUACUACCGAAGCCCCCUCCAACAUCCACUUCCGAUCUGUCCUUCUUCUACGUGCUGAGCGAGUCCAAUGGACAAUUCUUCUUCCACGAUGGUGAUAGAAGAAUACCAAUCACACCUCUGCCCGGCAACGGUACCGAGGAUCGGGAUCAGGAAGAGGAGGAGCUAACGGAAGAUGAGGACGUGAAGGAAUUCAAAAUGGAUAUAUCCAAAACAGAGGUGACCAAGCCGAUGCCGCAGUCCCAAGAUACCUCCGUGACAAGUGCCACGUCCAAACCCAGCACGCUCAAAACUGAAAAUUCUGAUAUUACCACGUUCCUGCCGGCGGAGUCGCUGUCGCUGUCGCCGUCACGGCUGCUGGCGGCGGACGGCUGGCUGGCGGGCGGCGGCCACGACUUCUCGCUCAGCAGCUUCCUCGGACACCUGGACGCAGACGACACGCACCCCCAUCAGCCCGAACUGCCGGUGGACUCCCAGAUACAAUCUCUAAUGGCGGAGUCGAGUAUGGACUACGUGGCCAAGUUCGCGGACCUUGCCGCAGAGGUCACCGACGAGGUGGAGCCGCUUGAAGAGAAACUCACAUAG